UGCAAUCGAUGUUUCUCCACCUCCAAUCAUGAGCAAUGUGUGAAUGAUGAUAACAUAAAAAACGCACAACAAACUGACGCUUAAAAUUAGCAGAGACAACUGCAGCCAGGCCGGGCUUGAUUGGGGAAGCAACAACAACGUACUUGGCUAACGACACGUCAACAGAAUACAACACAAAAAUGUAUUGCCUGCAAUGUUUAUUACCUGUGCUGCUGAUACCAAAGCCAACGAAUCCAGCGUUAAUGGAAACGCACGUCAUGUUCAUAGUGCUCUAUUUGAUUGGAUUCUUUCUGGAGCGCAAGCCAUGCACCAUAUGCAGUCUGGUGUUUCUCACAGCCGUCUCCCUAAUCUGCUACAGCGGCGUUGGCAACUGCAUCUUCUGGGGCAACUGCGAGGGACAUCAUUGCGAGAAUGGCUAAGCGGCAAAAGCAACUACAACAACAAAUUAUGCUGCAUCCUCUAACAACAAUCAUCAGUCUAGCAAAAUAGUCAACGACGAAACGAUAACACGGUGCAGAACAUACAAGAAGAAGAAGAGAACGUGUGCUAAAUAUAGAAAAAUAUAUAUAAAUCAUGAACAAUUUGCAUAUUAAUCGACAAACAACAACAAAAUAAAGGCGAAAAGAGUUACAAGCGAAAUAAUCAGUGAUAAAAAGUGAGUGAGUUAACAGAGUUCUGUUACGUCUAUGUAAAGUGUGUGAUUUAACAGAGUUCUGUUACGCCUACGCCUGUUAGCAGUGAAAAACCUUGGAGAGACUAAAAACCAAAACAAUGAACGAAACUGAAACCGAAACCGACUUCAUCCCAACGUUCGAUCGAUCGCAUAACCGUUUCUACUACUCGUUCUACAUUACGUAUUUUUAGUUGAUAACUUAGCUAAAUGUUUCCCAAACCAAGAUCCAUCUCCCCAUCCGCAUCCCCAUUUGAAGUGUAUUAUUUAAGAAGCGCUACAAAAUGUAUUGUAAAUGUGUGGUAAUGAAAAUUGCAAACCUCCCAGCUUCCCUCCCCAAUCGCUGUUCAGUCCGUCAAUGCAAUUCUACAAUUAGUCAUAUAUAAAUAUUUAUAUUAUACAUACAUUUAUGUGUAUUAUUUAAAUAAAUAAUUGUAAAAACGACAAGAAAAGAAAACUAAUGCUGUGCGUCCUUCCAUUUUGGACGUUGAUAUCGGUUGUUCCCCUGUCUUCUGCACAUGCAAAUUGUAUAUAAUUACACUGAAACAUACACAGACACACAUACACACGCACAUACGCGCACAAAUACUAUAUGUACACACUAUUAGAAAUAUACUUUACACAUUAAUAUAUACAUAUGUAUAUGUAAAUCUUCAUAUAUAAGUAUUUAAAUAAAUUGUGUGAAAUAAUCAGAAAUGCUAAAGACAAGAUAUAUUUGAUUUUCUACAUUAAGACGCGAGAAAAAUUGUUAAUCACGAGAUUGAUUGAAUUAUUUAAAAACCAAAAAACAAACAAAAAGAUUGAUAACUAACGUAACGAAAAGAAACGAAAUAAUGUUUAGAAACGAAAUAAAAAAAUUGAAAGCUGUAACUUGAAUGUUGUUUUCAUUCAAAGUUUAUCUAAAACUAUUUACAACUAAAUAAUCUGCAAUCCCUAAAUGGUAAUUGUACAGACAGCUCAAUAUUUUAAGAACUGUUCUAGUUUAUAAGACUUUUAACCAAUCCCAAUGUAAAUUUAAAUCCUGUCGUAGUAUUUUUAUAUUCAUAUUCUGAUUUCAGUUAUUCAAUACUUUAUUCUUUUUUAUGAUUAUGAUGCUACUUUUCAUUCUAUUUUAUUCCCAAUUCUAAAAAGUUCUACUUUAUUUUAAUCUGAAAUGCUAGAUAAGAUAUAUUGACUCUUUAUUAACAUGGAAUUCUACUAAAGUGCUUGAAGCUAGUCAAUUUCUUGACAUCUAGUGCAAUCAGUCUGGAGCUGAUAACUGAAUUUUUCAAUAUGCUUUCAACUCAGCUUUAUUAAAAUGUCUAAUCUUAAAUAUAGAUUAUAUAUUCGCUUUCAUUGCAAUCACAAUUGUAAUAAAAUCUGUCUCACAUUGAUUGCAAUUGGAUUUAAUGGCUUGACUCUAAUUAAUAUCAAAGACAAACAAGUUUUCUAAGAAUUUCCUAUAAAUAUUUUCAAAACGAUUCCCAUUUUGAUUUCCAAUUAUCCACAAUUUUAUUCGCUUCAAAAUGUAUGUAUAUAAAAAAUUUACAAUUUGUUGUUUGGUUUUGUUCGUUUUGUUAAUUGUUUUUAACUUACUAAAAAAAACUAGUAAAACGUAUUUAAAAAUAAAAUACAAUAAUUUAUGUACAAAUUUGCAUCGGAUUUAUUUUUUUUGUUUGUGAAAUACAGGCCAGGGCGAAGAAUAAAAAACAAAAAUCAAAUCAAAACUCGCGAAAUGGAACUCAAAUUGUUUUUCAUUUUUUUUUUAUGAUACUUUUGUAAUUUUUCACAUCAAAUUUGUUGUUGUUGUAAACGAGACCAAUUUGGAAUGUUAUACACACACAAUAUAUCGAUAUACAAAUAUAUAGAUAGUUAUAUAUACGAAAAGUAGUACACACAUAUAUGUAGGUAGAUAGAUAUACAUAGAUAAGUGGAGAAUACAGAUAUGUAACAUAUAUAGAUAGAGAUUUGGAGGGGAGAUUUCGAAAGUUAGGGCCAAAACUCAAAAAUUUGAUUUCAUUGCUUUUCUUUUUUUUUGGCGUUUUGGGAGGCUGCUGUUGAGAUGUUUUUGUUUUGUUCGGAAUCGAGCAUCGGAAUCGGAUGACGC